ACGUCCACAUCUGCACACUGACCAUAAGACCUGCACAGCCUGAACAUCAUGAUGGAUGAGGAGAUCAUUGAGGACCGGGCCAAGCUGAAGCAGGGCCUGGUCAAAGUGCUCCAGUGUGUGGCCACCAUCUCCUCAGCAGCAGCCGUGGUGAACCCCAUUUUUGGCGUGGCCGGUUCCCUUAUCCGGGUGGUGCUGCACCACGUUGAUGACGAGGACAUCCGCACCCUGAAGCGCGAAUUUGGCUCAGUCAACCGGGCGCUGGAUGAGCUCUCUCAGCUGAAUCGCAACACGCUGGUACAGAUCAAGAAAGAAACGCUGGAUGGCCAGUACUGUCGCGUGGAGGAGAACCUGAAGAACCAGUUCAGAAAGUUCAUGGACAUGGUGGAGGCACGGCCGGAGCACCGCGAGCGUAAGAAGGACGACUUCGAGGAGAGCUAUUCCAAUGACUUGGGUGACCAGAACCUGCACACGCUCUAUGACGGCGUGGUGGGCAAACCCAAGCUCUUCAGCAGACCCAUCCUGGAGGUCUACCUGAAGCACUCGCAAGACGACCGCCGCACCAUGGAGCGACUCUGCACACGCCUCACCUAUCUGUUCUGCAUCGGCCUCAUCGCACUCAUGGGCUAUGCCGCCAUCAUCGGAGAUGACGAGGAGGGUCUGAGCGAAGAGUGGGCAGAGAAGAUGGAGCAUGUGCAAGAGAAGAUGCAGGAGGCUCUUUCCAGGUGCAAAUGAAGAAGCAAAAACCUGAAGAAGAGUUUAUUUUCUCCAUUGCUGCUUUUCUCUUAUAGUCAGGACACACGUGUCCACCUUCCCUCUGUAACUCCUUCCUUUUUCCCUUAGCUUCUUCUCUCCUUAUAAGCACUUUGUGAACAUCUACAGUGACUGCAUGAAAGCCCAGUGAUAAUGAGUAACAAUAUGGCUCAUUCUUUUCAAAACUCCAUUUGUCCAAAUUUGGGUCUUUGAGUAACAGGCAUGUAUUUUCUGUCCAGGAUGAGGUAAUGACAACUCAAUAAUGUCUCACAAUAUUUUGUAUUGGCUUCACACCCUAAUUGGCUCAAAUUCACAGAUUAUUAUUUCAAUUACGUGAUGAGUCUGGAUAAGACUGCCGUGGUUUCAGAUGAGACAGCACUUUGAGAUAAAUCAGCCGUAAGAUCAUUACAGUUAAUCAUAAGGCUGCAUUUUGUAACAACAUUACAUGCUAUAAAUCAUCCGGGUUUAACAUAAAUGUACCCAGCUUGAGCUUGUGAUUUUGCAAUGAAUUGUGCCCAUUUUGCACUUUUGGCAAAUAUUUGCCAUUUAUUGCAGUUACACUACAAGUUAAUCAGUUGGUAGCGAAGCAACUCGCCUGUAAAAUCUCAGCAUGCGAGAUACCUGUAUACAGUACAUGUAGCAUCUUAUACCAUUGAUGUUACAUCUGCUGUGAGACAGACUUUGUUUGCCAACAGAGGGAGUUAUCAGUUGAGCUAUAACUACAAUCUAUAAUAUAAUAAAGCAAACCAAAACAAGGAACAAAUUUCCAAAGUUUCUAGCGCAAUGAAUGUAACUACAGACAUAUAAUCAUUAUCAUACUGUAAUGUGCAAAUUAACAUAAUAUAUGCCAGAUAUACUGUAUGUUGCUCAUGCAUGGACUUCAUGAUACACGAUGCAUACUUGUUGUCAAGCACUAAAUGUAAUUUUACAUAUUUAUGGUGUUGCUGUACCGAGUUCUUUAUUUUUGAACAUUUGCAGUUAGUUGAAUGAAAACACUAACAGCACACAUACAAUUUGUUGUAACACUACAUUUGGCAAAACCCUUCACCACAGAACGCUACACUAAAUAUAAUUUGCCAUUUAUGAGGUCAAAUUAAGCAAAUUGCAAUGUGUGCUUCCAUUUUCACUCCCCAGAAUUGUUUUAUGUUGAUACACAACUGAGGAAUUUGAUUUGUGCAUCUCUGCCACUCUUUUAUUUUCUAUUAUAUGUGCAGGAGGAGCACCAAGUCUUGUUAUAAUAUAUAGGUAACAUUAAAAAUGGGUUUCUUUGGUGUACGGCCAUUGAGAGCCUAUAAAAACAUGUAAUAUCCAUUAUUUGAGGGUUGCUUUUUUACAUUAAGGCAUCAGUAUGAAGCUCUUCUAAUAUACUCCCUCAUCUGACCAACAGUGCCUAAAUGUGCCAAUAGUUGGUAUUAUUUUAUUAAGGGUUUUUGUCUUAUUCAUUUAGGUAUGUUAUUGUUUUAUAAUAUGUUUAAUGGUCUACAGGCUGUAGUUCAGAUUUUAAAGGUGUGGUUAAAAUGUUUUUUUGAAUGUCUUUUUGUUUGUUUUAGCAAACUGGUGGUAUCAGUUAGUAUGUGGGUUUGGAUUGCUGCAUCAGGACCGUUCAGAGACAGCAGAGUAGUAGACAAAACUAUCUAAUUCUCUAUUUUUUCACAUUGUACACAGUUCUAGCCUGUUUUACUCUCAUGCUUUUAGCACAUAACUCUUAUUGUUACAACAGAUUCAGAAUACGCUACAUAAAUAUAGUAAAAGUGCUGUCAAUAUGGAGGAAUAUUAUAUAAACCUUAUAUAAAGACUUUUUU